CAGUAGCAAUGACCGAGCGCCAAUUUCUCUCUUGCGCGGCUGUCAAUGAACGCAAUUCUUCUCUUGACUUUACUUAAGGAACAUUUAUCUAUGUUUGGAAUUCUGAAAGGGACUUUUAUUUGUUGUUUUACCUUUGAUAUUAAGCCUUUUCAGUUAUAUUUUAGCUUAUAGCUCUGUAGCACCCGCCUGCGCAUUUCAACAAGGGGAAAACAGACCUAAAAUUCACAGAGAAAGGUAAAGCUAGAGGAGAAAAAAGAGAUUUGUCAUGCAUAGAUGGCAGUGUGUUAAGGUUUAUGUGGGAAGACUUGGUUUGCAUCUGGGAAAUAACCUUAGCAACCGGAGAAUCCUGAACACUCAUUGACUGCAUAGUGACUAUUACGUCGAAGCAUUAUUACAUCGCUGACGUUCCAUUUUCAGCACCUUGGACAACGACGAACACGUUGGUUCACAGUGCGACACGCUUAAGAAAAAAAAUAAAUAUAUUAAACGUUUAUUCGACGGAUAAUUAUGCAUUUAUCAAUAUUUCUUCCAUAUCUACGUUUAAAGCAGAGGGGAAGACUGUACUGACUGAUUCCAUAUCUACAGAUCCCCUAAUAGUCAAGGCAACAUGGGAACUGUACUCUCAGUCUCCCCAGGCUACCGUAAGGCUGGCCUCUUUGAUGAAAUGCCACCCCCUCUGGCACAUUAUACAGCUGUGCAGAACAGCAAAAAUGCCAAGGACAAGAGCCUGAAACGACAGUCCAUCAUCAAUGUCCUGCCAUGGAAGCGCAUUGUGGCUGCUUCGGCCAAGAGAAAAGGCUCGAAAAAGCUGGCCUCUGGUGACAGUCAAGAUGAAGAGAGUGUGGGCACCCUCAACAGCCAAAAUUUGAAGAAGUCCCAGUCCUGUGCCAACCUUUCUGGCUUCACCCAGGAACCAGCAGUGAGCUCCAUACCCACAUCUAAGACGACUGCCAAUGUGGCCUCCACUGCAAAGAGGACCUCAAUCACUGGAUCCAUGGGCCAAGCCACCAACGCAGGCACACCCAAAAGAGUGAUUGUGCAGGCUUCCACCAGCGAGCUCCUGAGGAGCCUGGGUGAAUUCCUGUGCCGGCGCUGCUACCGACUGAAGCGCCUUUCUCCAGCCGACCCAGUUCUGUGGCUCCGCAGUGUGGACCGCUCACUUCUGCUGCAGGGCUGGCAAGACCAGGGCUUUAUCACUCCAGCUAACGUUGUCUUCCUUUAUAUGCUCUGCCGUGAGGUCAUUUCUGCCGAGGUCUCCAGCGAGCGUGAGUUGCAGGCUGAGCUGCUCACUUGCCUCUACCUGUCCUAUUCCUACAUGGGCAAUGAGAUUUCCUACCCACUCAAGCCCUUCCUGGUGGAGACAGACAAGGAUGCCUUCUGGAAUCGCAGCCUGGCAAUCAUCAACCACAUGAGUAGCAAAAUGCUUCAGCUUAACUCUGAUCCGCACUACUUCACCCAAGUUUUUUCUGACCUUAAGAAUGAGUGUCAAAAGGAGGAAGAAAGCCGGCUGCUCAUUGGCUUGGAUCGAUAAAUGUGCCAUGGAAGUGUGUGUGUGUGUGUGUGUGUGUGUGUGUGUGUGUGUGUUUUCUUUUUUACAAACUUCUUUAGUGUCAUUAUUAGUGUUAAAAAAUCUUCUCUAAGUUGAAGCUUCAGAGCAUAGUUUUCAGGCUUAUUUGUAGCAAUGAAUGGGACUGGAUCUACCAUUCUUGAACCCUAAAGGUCUGACCAAGAUGCAGGACACCAGAGUCUUAAUCACAAUGCCAGUAGAAAAGGAGUCCUCUGACCAACUGUGCAGCAUCUCGACCUUUUCUCUAAAGAUUCCAUCCACACACAAACUCUUGACUGUCAAUAAAGUCUGAAAUCCAUUCAUUGAAAAGGGAUGCUUGCCAUGAUGCACUCAACAGACUGAGCAGUUUGAAAAUGGGACACUGUAGCCAAGUUAGCAACACCUGCAAAAUGUAACCAAACCAAAGACUCAGCUUAACUUCAGCACUAGUUUGACCUUCUGGGGACUCCAGUUUCUACAUGCAAAUGAAUCCUGCACAGCGAAUAUUACUUAGUUAUUGAUAAAGAAAUGUGAGGACCAUGAACUGCUGAUUUUGCAGGUCAGGCGACUGAAGUGCUGUCCCUUGCAUGGCAUCACAUUUUCGACAUGUUGUGUUUGUUAAGCAUAUCCUAGUGGCCUUUAAGAAGGUCAGGGUCUUUAACUGCUGCAGGUGCAAGGCCAUAUUACGAGAUGGUCUCUCCGACCGCUGUGAGUGACUACACUACAGUGGCAAGUAAAGAAGAGGAAAUCUGAUGCUUCUUGAAUUGGAGAUAAAGUGAUUGUCUGCACCACUUCCAUCAGAACAUAAGAAUCUUUCACCUCAAGAAGGAGCAUUCCUCUGACAUGUUUUCCAUUUUACACUACCUAUUGUCAUCGUCUAAAGAACUGAAAUUCUGUAAUAUGGAACAAAUCAAUGGAGAGGUAGAUAUUUUAUGUAUUUUCAACAGCAAGUACUGUAUGUUCAUAUACGGGUGUUAAUGCAUGCUUCUUCGAUCAACCACACAUUUUUUAAAGAUCUUUGUUGUUUAUGAUUUAAUGGUCAUCAUUUUUGUAUGAAGUUCUUUUGGACAGUGUUCCAAACUAAUGUGCCAUAAAGUUGGUCAGGAAAAGAACCCAAAAGCUUUUGUAGUCUUCUCAUUACGAAAAUGAUAUUUUUGAAGGAGCAAAAGGGAAGGGACAUCAUGUGAAGGCUUUAGAAGAAGACAUACAAUGUCACAAGUAUUUUGUUUAACAAGAAAGAAAAAAGCCAUUGCUUUGUCUAUUUGAUUCAUAAUAAGUCAAUUGAGCUUACUUUUUUCAUAAGUAUACAUACAUUAAAUCAAAGCCCUACAACUCUGAGUUUAUUCACUUGAAAGCCUUAGAUUAUGUGUCAGAUAAAAUAAAUUCUUAAAGGCAGGGUCGUGUGCAAAGCAUAAUUAAGUAUCAAAGUAUGAGAAGAGUUCUGUUACAGCUUGAAAUCGAUCAAUUGUAAAAGAAAGCACUUAAAAAAAUUUACAAGUCCACACAGGCCAAUAAGGUUAAAGUGUUUAUUUUUUACGUGCUUUUGUUUUUAAUCAUUUUUAUCUGCAUUUGUGAUGCCACUUUCCCACAUAUAUGAGAUAUGAGUGUAAACAGCAAAUUUAAGAGGAUGGUUGAAAUGAAAUGUCUACACAAAUUUACUUCAGUAAUGUGAUACACAUUGCAAACCAGUGUUAACAGAAGAUGGUUUGCUGAUGAGAUGUGAUGUAAUCUUGUAAAAAUGAUCAUCUUGUGAAUGAUGUGCUCUUGUCAUUCCUAGUAAUGAGAGAAAAGUUUUCAUCAGCAUUUUAUCAAUAUACAGUGUUUACUCACUAUUCCGCUUAAGUAUGUGACUUUAGGACAAAAAUAAUUUUCAGAUACUCCCUUUGUUAAAUAUGAUCAACAAUGAUGAAGGAGUGAGACUUUCUUUAUUCCAAAAAAACAAUGUUGAAAUGGAGCAGUUCACAGGUAUAAUAUUAACAUAAUUUGCAAAGAGGCACUUGAAUAGAUUUCUGAGGGUCUUGAUAGGCCUCUAUAAAAAGUCCAGCAGUUUUUAAGUAUGCAAGUGGCAUACUGGCAUUGUGUUAUUUACCACCUAUUUAUUAGGAUGGAAUUACACAAUGAUUAGUUUCCUGAAGCACACAAAAACUGAUCAAAUCAGCUCAGAUGGCAGGUCAUAGGUGAUCUGAUUGCACUAUAUUAAGCAAUAUGUGAAAACCAACUGCAAACGUUUAUGCACAUGUGAAGUUUUAAAGAUCAAUGACAGACAAAAGCUAACAGAACACUGUUUAAGUCUAACCUUUAUUUGUCUUCUUCUGUUAAAUAAAGGGUUUUUGCUGCUCUAUGGGAUAAAUGGCAUGUUUCUAUUUACAUAUUUAAUUCACUGAUAACACAAUGCAUGUACAUUUUCCAGCCAUAUUUAGUGUCUGGCCUCAUUCUAGUAAAACACUGAUGGUGCUAUUGAUGCAAAGAUCUCGUUCUACCCAUAAGCAAGACUUUUAUCAUUGGUUUGCUGAAUGUAAUGGAGUCUUGUACUUAGGGCAAAAAGACUGUACAUGUAUUAUUGAUGUACUGAUCAAAAUAGUGGCUCUAAUGGUAGAAUGGGAAUUCAAAUAUGGGAAUGAUAACUGACUGUAACAGUAAUGGGUAAGGAGGGGGAUACAAAUUACAACAACUCUGAUCUUGUCAUAGAUAAUUAAAGUAACAAAAUUGUGUUGUUAUGUUUCAUAUAAAUUUUUGUGGUAAAUGUUAUAUUCUUCAACAAAAAAUCUGUACAGCAACAAAAGACUGAAACUUGAUUUUCUCUUUUCCUUAUGUUUCACAUUGUGUGAACUUUGUUGAGAAAAAUGAAACAAAAAUGAGAUGUAACUAUAACAUAUUUAAAGAAGCAAUCUCUUACAUAUGGGUGUGUAUGAAUGUGAGCUGUGCAAUGACUUUUGGUCAAUUCUUCUACUUUAUAUAAAAAUGUGCAUUUGCA